GUGGCGAUGGGCUGAGAGAAAAAUGGACAUGUUACAGUCCCAAUGUCGCAAGAGUUAGUUGCACACAUUUGUCCCGCGAGUGCUGUUCCAGCGGUGCUUUAAUCCUGUAUGUAAAUGACAGCCAAUAGAUGCUGUUGUUGAGUUGGGCUGGGAUUAGCGGAGGCGAAUGACUUUCAAUUUUACUGGAUUACAGAACAAAGAAGGGGGAAAGGGGACACAGUCCUCUGUUAAAGAAAACAGAAAGAAAACGGUGCGAAUAGAUCAAAUAAAUCACGUCGAUUUCAUUUCAGCAGACUAUAACCCAUUAUGACAUUUAAGAAAGUCGCUAUCGUCUUUCUUUAGAUGGGAAUUCAGCUCUCACUACAGUUGGAUUAAACGGAGAAUAAACCUAUCCCGGGAUUAAACACGGGGAAAUCGAAGAAUGGCACAGAUACGGAAGCUGGGCUGUGAUGGGAUGAGGACAAACUCUCGGCCAGAGCUCAAAGUUCCCCAAGUGUCAGCCAGACAAGAGAUCCUCACCAGCCUAGUGUCUGCCCUGGACUCUGUGUGCUCUGCCAUGUCUAAACUGAAUGCUGAGGUGGCCUGUGUCACUGUGCAUGAAGACAGCGUGAUCGCUGUGGGAACAGAGAAGGGAAGAAUCUUCCUAAACUCCAGAAAGGAAAUACAGACAGACUUUCACAAGUUCUGCAAAGUGUCCUGUCUGCAAGCAUUGACCUCCAUGAACUCCCACGCCAAAGUUCCUGAAGUGGACUACAGCAGGACAAGCAAAGACAGUGGGCAGCCGGGCAGACAGAGAGCCUUAACAGACACUCAUUCCAACAUCUUCGUCCUGAGGAAGAUGGUGGAGGAGGUGUUCAGCGUGCUUUACAGUGAGGCUGUUGGGAAAAGCAGCCUGGUUCCUGUGCCUUAUGACUGGAUUCUCAAGGAUCCCAGCUCAGUGGUUGUCUACGGCCUGCCUGAUGGUGUAACCCUGAGAAAGCCGUCAGAAUAUGACACCAAGACCUUAAUGAAGAUCUUAGAGCAGAGCAACCGCAUCCGCUUCAUAGUCAAAAGUCGAACACCAGAGGAACCCUCUCGGGAUGCCAAAUCCUGUCCGGAAGUCAACCAUCACUCUUCGACUUCAAAGAGCGUAAGCAACCAGGCCUCUGUCAAACCCUCCGUGCAGGAAGCGUCUGCUAGCAACUCCAUGCUCUCCAGCUUCCUGUACGGCAUGCCCAUGUCCUCCCAGCCCAACCCAGACAGCAAGCUGGACCUGAAGCCCACAUCACUGCUCAGCAUAGGUAAAGAGCGGCUGGGCAUGUGGGCGUCCGCUGAAGAGAAAGCGGUUCAGGCCAAGGAAUGUGCUGACAAUGGCGAGCGAAUAGGGCUGGCAGCGGAUCUUACCCAGAGCCCUCCCAGCAUCCAUGUCUCCAAGCGCCUUCUGUUCUCCAUAGUGCAUGAAAAAUCAGAAAAAUGGGAUUCGUUCAUUAGGGAGACUGAGGAUAUCAACACCCUUCGAGAAUGUGUUCAGAUCCUCUUCAACAGUAGAUAUGCUGAAGCAUUAGGCCUGGAUCACAUGGUUCCUGUGCCGUACCGGAAAAUCGCCUGUGAUCCUGAAGCAGUAGAGAUCAUUGGAAUUCCAGACAAGAUUCCCUUCAAGAGACCAUGCACUUAUGGUGUGCCUAAACUCAAACGGAUCCUGGAAGAAAGGCAUGCUGUCCGCUUUGUCGUCAAAAGAAUGUUUGAUGAGCGGAUUUUUACCGCUGCUGGUAAAAUAGCUAAGGAGGAGGGCAGACAGGAUGGUGGCGCCCCUGAGGACGGAUUCCCAGAUGGGCUCAGGGUGCCGAACUCGUCUCUAGAGCUGCUCAGCAACACUCACAGUAGCAGAUCAAGCUCCUGUGUCAGUCCUUUGGCUGAGUGUGAAGCAGGGCCAUCUGGGGACUGUCUGCCUUUGAAAAAGAUCAAAACUGAACCUCCAGAUGGUGAAAUUAUCCAGGUGACAGUUCCAGAGUCUCAGAGUUCUGCUUCUACAGAAGAGCCAGGUGAGCCUCAGGAGGAGCGGGUGACCCCUGACCUCUGUCAUCCCAAGGAGUGUGUAGCAGAAGAUUUAACGCCCAAGUCUACAACACAAGGGCUAGAGAGAGCUGUUGAAGAAGACAUUGGAGAGAUGAUCCUUCAGUUGCGAAAGCAAGUCGAGAGCCUGUUCAGUUCCAAGUACAGUGAGGCUCUCGGUCUGCCUGAAGCAGCUAAAGUGCCGUAUUCCAAGUUCCAGAUGUAUCCAGAUGACCUGUAUGUCACAGGGCUACCAGAAGGGAUGACUUUUCGAAGACCAAACUGUUUUGGAGCCGCAAAACUCCGGAAGAUUCUUGCCGCCAGUAGUCAGAUUACAUUUGUUAUAAAGAGGCCAGAGUUGUUGACAGAACAGGUUAAACUUGAAGGUAUCUCUAAGACAAACUCUGAUUCAGCAGAGACUGACUCCAAAGAUCAAUCAGAAGACCCGGGACCUGCCUCCAAAAGACCAGGAUUCUCAGACAGUUUAGAGGCCAAGCUCUCCCGUAUCGACUUGGCAAACACUCUGCGAGAGCAGGUCCAAGACCUGUUCAACAGGAAAUAUGGCGAGGCACUGGGCAUUAAGUAUCCUGUGCAAGUGCCUUACAAGAGGAUCAAGAGUAACCCUGGCUCAGUGAUUAUCGAGGGCUUGCCCCCUGGCAUCCCCUUCAGAAAACCCUGUACCUUCGGCUCACAGAACCUAGAGAGGAUAUUAGCAGUGGCAGACAAGAUCUCUUUCAGCAUUACAAGGCCUUUCCAAGGGCUUAUUCCCAAGCCAGCACCACGAAGAAUAACCAUACUGAAGAAAGGUUACACCCCAAUAAGUGAAGAAGACGAGGUCAACCGGAUGGGAGAAAAAGUGAUAUUACGGGAACAAAUUAAAGAGCUGUUUAAUAAAAAAUAUGGUGAAGCUUUGGGUCUGGACCGCUCAGUCGUUGUUCCAUACAAGUUAAUCCGCGCCAAUCCAGGCUCACUGGAAGUGUGUGGACUUCCCGAUGAUAUUCCCUUCAGGAAUCCUAAUACUUACGACAUAGUUCGGUUGGAAAAAAUCCUGCAGACCCAAGAUGAAAUUACUUUCAAUAUCAAAACCCCUCUACAGCCUUUAACAGAGUUAUGUACUCAAACUUGUAAUAAAGAAGGUAAAGAAGUGUCUACGAAUCGACGCAAACGUAAACGAGUACUUGACAACAGUCAAGCAUCCAUGCCCACUGGAGCAGACUCAACACUAUCAACCAAUCAAAUACCGGUCAUGCAGUGGCCCAUGUACAUGGUGGACUACAGUGGAGUGAAUGUUCAAGUUCCUGGAAAAGUCAAAUAUUAAUGAAUUUCUGAUGCCGUACAAAAUAACCAUUUUUAAACCUGAUGUUUCUGAAUGCUGAUUUCAGCUUUCUUCCGAGCUGCGGCAGAUCCUGUGGCUCGCACGUGGAGAUGCCUGUGUGUUCUGGCAGGUAUCAGAGAGUGUGAACUGUUGGAUGCAGUUGUUUUUGAAUGAAGUGCUAAUGAUGGCAAAACAGCAGUAAAUCAGUCUACCGCUGCUUUAUUACUUGGAGGAAUAGUACUCACCCUCAUGUCAGUCCAAAAUAAAUGCUUUUGAUUUUUUUUUUUUGUGAAAUGCAAAAAUAGGAAUCAUGUCAAAGAUGUGUUCUGUGUGAAGUUUUGUCAAAAACAAUAAUUAAUCCAAACAUUUAAAUAUGCUGAACAUUUUCUCACCCUCAGUCCACCCGAGAUGUACAGUAGAUGGCUUUAUUUCUUCAUCAAAACAAAUUUGGAUGCAUUUAGCAUCACAUCUCUUGCUCACCAAUGCAGUGGAUGGGUGCCGUCAUAAUGAGUCUAAACAGAUGAUAAUACAUGUAAUGUAGAAAUUAAAAAAAAAAAAUUUCAGACACAGAUUUUCAGUUCACAAGACAUUAUUUGUUAGGAAUAUAUGUUAUGUUUUAUCAGCUGUUUGGAUUUUCACCGCACCCAUUCACUGCAUUGAGCAAGUUAUGCUCAAUUUGUCCAAAUCUGUUCAGAUGAAGAAACAAACUCAACUGCUUCUUGAAUGGCCUGAGGUUGACUGCAUUUUCAGGAAAUGUAAAUUUUUGGUUGAACUAUUCCUUUAAGUGUUCCACUGGAAGAGUAACGACAUGCAGGCUUGGAGUGAAUAAGGACAGAACUAUUCCUCCACGAGAUUGUUUGUAAAAGGAGUAGCUGUUAUUUGCAUAUCAGAAGAAAUUGCUUUGCCACCAGUAUUUGUUAUUGCAGAUCCUGGACACAAUCAUGGUUAAGUAACCAUUUCAUAAAGAGCACUCAGAACAGGAUUUACGGUUUGUUUUUCCCAAAUGCGUCUAAUCACUGUUGGGAUACACAGCCUUGUUUGGUGCCAGAGCUCGUACAGUAUGUGCAUACUGGAUACGAGUCCUGUGGUUAUCUGGGUCUCAUGCCUUGCAAAUGUUUGUAUUGUUAUUUAUUUAUUUAUUGAAAUAAAAUAAAAAAUUAUUGUAUAUGCAGGGAAUGUAAUCUACCACAUUUAGUACAGAGCAUAAAGUACUGAAUGACACGACUAAUGAUGCUAAGAUAGCUACUGUAUGUAUUCAGAAAGAAAACAUCCGCUUCAGGUUUCAGUAUGUCAAGUUGGAAACCCCUAACACGAUAGCACUAACUUGUAUUCAACUGAGAGACUUUUUGUAUUAUUUUAGCUUUGUAGGUUAACUCUUAAGUUUGUUAAAGUAAGGCAAAGCGAGAUCUUUGACGGAGAAAACAUCAUGAAUGUAUUGUUUGUAAAGGAAAGAAUGUUCUAAUGUGAUUAUGUAAUGACUGUCUCUGGAAUCGCCAGUAUUUAUAUGCUGUACCUUAAUGCCAUUUAGGCCUUUCAGAUAAAAUGUGUUGCCUUGC